CAAAUGGGCCGGCCCAGCCCGGAGGGGGGCGUGGAGGGAGGGGUGGCUAUAAGACCCGGCUGCAGGCGAGCUGUGCACGCGCCGCGGAGCGAGAGGCUGGGUUUGUUGGGGGUUCGCGCAGCGACAAGGACAUGGCUUCCGGUAAGGCUCACAUUGGCAAACCAGCCCCAGGCUUCCAUGCCACGGCCGUGGUGGAUGGAGCCUUCAAAGAGAUCAAACUCUCCGACUACAAAGGCAAGUACGUGGUGCUGUUCUUCUACCCACUGGAUUUCACCUUCGUCUGCCCCACCGAGAUCAUCGCCUUCAGCGAGCGCGCCGAGGAUUUCCGCAGGCUGCGCUGCGAGGUGCUGGGGGCCUCCGUGGACUCGCACUUCACCCACCUGGCCUGGGUCAACACCCCGCGGAAGGAGGGGGGGCUGGGCACCAUAAACAUCCCUCUGCUGUCGGAUCUGACCCACAGCCUGGCCGCCGAUUAUGGGGUGCUGAAGGAGGAUGAGGGACUCACCUACAGGGGCCUGUUUAUCAUUGACGACAAGGGCAUCCUGCGGCAGAUCACGGUCAAUGACCUGCCGGUGGGGCGCUCGGUGGAGGAGGUGCUGCGUCUGGUGCAGGCGUUCCAGUACACGGACACGCACGGGGAAGUGUGCCCGGCAGGCUGGCAACCCGGGAGCGACACCAUCAAGCCCACGGUGAAGGACAGCAAGGAAUACUUCGCCAAGCAGCACUGAGCUCGGGGCAGCUGGUGGGGAACCUGGUCUACUGUGAAGGUGCCCCCCCCCCCUUGGAAGGGGCUAUUUGGGGGGGGGGGAAUCCAAGAAGAAGCUUGUGACUAAAAUAAAAGGGUUUGUUUGAAAAGGA